AUGUUCAACCAGCUGUGGGCAGAUGCUCAGCUGGAGCUGAGCCGCCUGCUGGCCGAGGAGCUUCCUGCUGAGCCUCUUCGUCCAGAGAAGGACCGCGUCGUGUUCUUCCAGCGUCUGGCCACGCUCUACGUGCGCUACGUCCGAACCCUCCGGCAGCUGCAGGAGGCCUACGACCUGAUGGUCCAUCCUCAGAAGAGGCGGCUCAUCCGGCGCGUCCUGGACAGUGUGGUGGGGAGAGUGUUGGAGCUGAAGAACGAGAUGGUGGAAAAGGAGUUCUCAGAGUACCACUACAUGGAUGACGUCCUCCAUGACCUGAAGCUCUCUCCUGCCGAGCUGGAGAUCCCCAUCCCUCGAUAUUUCCUCAGUGAACGCAGCAAAGAAGUCCAACAACGAAAGACGAUGGUGGCGGAUCUCCUGGACCUGGUGGAGGUGGCUGAAAGCCCUGAGCCUCUAAUGAGUCCGGAGGAGGCCAUUAGGCUCAUCCAGCUGGCUGAGAGAGCUCGGCAAGGACGCCUGAGGGCAAAGCUGAACGCCGAAUUGAGAAGUGAACUGCUGGACACGACUAAAGCCCCCGGACCAGCUGAUACCGAGUUGGCUGCCAUCUGCAUUCAGAAGGUGUGGAGGGGCUACAUAGCGAGGAAGAGGACGAAGGCUGAACGAGAAGAGGAGAUGAUUUUUCUAGGAAUGCUUAUGGAUCCAAAACACCAGUUGCCGACCUCUGCAGAAAUCACUGCCCAGGCCAAUGAAGCUUGCACACGAGCUAAACAGGAAGAGUACGAGGAAGCUUACCAGAAGUCUAUGGAGGAUGUCACAAAGCAACUACGAGAUAUGGAGGGCCACGACAUGAGCAAAACCAUGAAAGAUCAAAUUCGGCAGUGGUUCAUUGAAUGCCGCAAUGCUACAGGAGUGUUUCCAGACUACCCAGACGAAGAGGACGGAGGCUCGGCCCUUAUUUUUGCUGAAAAACGUCCUCAGCAGUUAAUGGAAGAACUUGCUGCAAAAGAAGAAACAACAAACAACAAACCUAAAUGGAAAGAGGACAAGAAGGAGAAAGGGAAGGACAAGGGAAAGGAUGAUAAGGAAGAGGCGGCCGGCUUGAAAAUGAUGCCAUCUGCUUUUCUGUCAGAUUUACAGGAGCAACACAAAACAUUUGUCGAUUUUUGGCAAACCCGCGAUGAGUCUGAAAACUUCAGCCAGAGGCACGAGGUGGAGCUGGUCAAGGAGGAGAUGAGGAAAGUCAUGAAGGCAGAGAUCCAGAUGCAGGUGGAUGAGCAGAUGAGACAAGAGCUGGCUGAAAGGAAGGUGUCUGUGGAUAAAGACAAAGGUGCUAAAGCAAAAGCAAAAGCAAAGAAGAAAGCAUCUAAGAGUGGAAAGAAGAAGAAAAAAGAGAACGAUCUGACAGCUGACAGGACGCUGGAGUCUCUGUGUCAGGAGCUGGUGGAGCAGGGUUUACUGAAGCAGGCCCACCAUGUCAGACUGCACCAUUACUUGGGUGACUACAGCUAUCUUGGAACCACACUGAGGCAGAACGACAUCGAGCCGAUGCCAUCAUUAGCAGAUGUGCGACAAGUCCUGUCUCUGUAUGCAGUGCUACCGCUGGGCUCUCAGCUGGUGCACGAGAAGGCUCCUCUGAUAAAGGCCAUGCUGCUGGCCGGGCCUUCAGGUGUCGGGAAGAAGAUGCUGGUUCAUGCAGUUUGUCAGGAGACGGGAUCCACCAUGUUUGAUCUGUCGCCUCUGAACACAGCAGGAAAGUAUCCAGGAAAGAGUGGCGUGGCCAUGAUGCUGCACCUGGUGUUCAAGGUUGCAAGACUGCUGCAGCCUUCGGUGAUAUGGAUCGACGACGCAGAGAAAAUGUUCUACAAGAAGGUUCCCAAGGAAGAAAAAGAGCUGGAUCCGAAGCGACUGCAGAAAGAUUUGCUGAAGUCUCUCAAACUGAUCAAAGCAGAGGAUCGUGUUCUGAUAAUGGGAACAACUAAAGACCCGCUCAGCACCGAUAUGAAGUCGCUGUGCAAAAUGUACAGCAAAAUCAUCCUGAUCCCCAGACCGGACUACGGCUCCAGAUACAUCUUGUGGAAGCAGCUGAUCAAGAAGCAGGGCGGUGAGGUGACCAAGGCCUUGGACCUCAGCUCUCUGGCGAAGAUCACCGACGGCUACACUCCAGGUCACAUGGUGAAGGCGAUCCACAGUGUCGUCACCAAGUGGCGCAUUCUGGUGCAACCCGACCGUCCGCUGACUGCUGCUGAGUUCAUUCCUCCAUUAGCCAAGACUGACCCAGUGUUCCAGGAAGAGGAAGAAGCCCUGAAGAACUGGUACGCCAAGACGCCGCUGGGAAAGAAGAGAAUGAAAGCUGCCGCAGGAAAAGAAGAAGAGGAGGCAGCGGGGAAAGGGAAAGCGGUGAAGAACAAGAAGACGAACAAGAAGAAGAAAGGGAAACAGUAA